CUGGAAUGUGCGCUGUGCUGCCUUGGGACUCUCCCACAACAAACACCAUCACCACGACCACCAUGAUGGGCUUUCCACCGGGCUUCAUGGUCUGCCUCUUGUGCCUCCUCGGUCUCACCGCGGCAGCCACCACCAGUUUGAAGUCUUGCAUCCUUUCUGCCGUCGACAAUGACAACACCCUCGCCGCCUUCAAAGGCGAUCUUCUGUACCAGACCCUCGCCGUGAAAGUCUACAACCUCAACUACCCCGUCACUCCUGCCGCGGUGACCUUCCCGACCACCAGCGCCCAGGUCUCCGAGAUCGUGCAGUGCGCCAGCCAACUGGGCUACAAGGUGCAAGCCAAGAGCGGAGGCCACAGCUAUGCCAACUACGGACUGGGCGGCACGAACGGCGCCAUCGUCGUCGACCUCAAGAACAUGAAAUCCUUCGCCUACGACGCAUCAACGCAGCACGCCACCGUCGGCGCCGGCAUGCUCAACGGCGAGCUCGACGCGCACCUAGUCGACGCGGGUAACCGGGCGGUGGCGCACGGCACCUCGCCGCAGAUCGGGAUCGGAGGCCACGCGACCAUUGGGGGACUGGGUCCGACAGCGCGGCAAUGGGGUAUGGAGCUGGAUCACGUGCUGUCGGCGGAGGUGGUGCUGGGGAACGGGAGCAUCGUGCGCGCCUCGAGCACCGAAAACCCGGACCUGCUGUUCGCGAUCAAGGGCGCCGGGGCCAGCUUCGGCGUCGUGACGGAGUUCGUCCUGCGCACCGAGGCCGCCCCGACCGAGGCGGUGCAGUACACCUACACGUUCAACCUGCUGGGAAGCGCGGCGUCGCGCGCGCAGCUGUUCAGCGACUGGCAGGCGUUUAUCACGGAGGAGGACCUCACGCGCAAGCUCGCCAGCAUCAUCACCAUUCUGGCGGGGUCGGUGGUCAUCUCUGGCACCUUCUUCGGCUCGCAGGCCGAGUACGACGCCCUGGGGCUGGCGGACCGCUUCCCCGGCGCGGACGGCAACUCCUCUGCCGUCGUGUUCACCGACUGGCUCGGCCUGACCGCCCACUGGGCCGAGCAGAGCAUUUUGGAUUUGACGGGUGACAUCCCCGCGCACUUCUACGCGAGGUGUCUGGCAUUCCAGCAGGACACGCAGAUCUCGGAGGACGGCGUGCAGCAGCUGUUUGAGUACCUGGACACGGCGAGCACGGGCUCGCUGAUCUGGUUCGUGAUUUUUGAUCUCGAAGGCGGUGCUAUUAAUGACGUCCCCAACGAUGCCACCGGGUUCGCGCACCGGGAUACUCUGUUCUGGAUGCAGUCGUACGCGGUGACCUUGGGCCAGGUGUCGCAGACCACGUAUGACUUUUUGGAUGGCGUGAAUGAGAUUAUCCGGAAUCAUACACCCGGGAUUGGGGAUGGGGUGUAUCCGGGGUAUGUGGAUCCGAGGCUGGAGGAUCCGCGGCGGUCGUACUGGGGUGGGAAUCUGGAGCGGUUGGGGCGGAUCAAAGCGGCGGUGGAUCCGGGAGAUGUGUUUCAUAAUCCGCAGGGGGUGCUGCCUGUUGCCUAGGGAUGAGUUGUGAAUCUGUUGGGUUAGCAUUGGUGCAGUAUUUGGCUUUAAUAUAGCACUUUGGCAGUGGAUGUGACAUGAAGUGACCCCGACGGUCACUCUUUUAUAUUGUUC